AUGCAGACUGCUUCUACAAACAUUUGUGAAAAACUGUGCAAUAAGUCCAUCCAUGAAAUUUCCUUGCUGCUAAAUAUUUCACGGUCAACUGUUAGUGGUAUUAUAACAAAGUGAAGCAACUGGGAACAAGAGCAACUCAGUCAUGAAGUGGUAGGCCACAUAAAAUGACAGAGCAGGGUCAGCGCAUGCUGAAGCGCACAGUGCGCAGAAGUCGCCAACUGUCUGCAGAGUCAAUAGCUAAAGACCUCCAAACUUCAUGUGGCCUUCAGAUUAUCAGAACAACAGUGCAUAGAGAGUUUCAUGGAAUGGGUUUCCAUGGCCGAGCAGCUGCAUCCAAGCAUUACAUCAUCAAGUGCAAUGCAAAUCAUCGAAUGCAUGGGUGUAAAGUACACCACCACUAGACUCUAGAGCAGUGGAGAGGUGUUCUUUGGAGUGAUGAAUCAUGCUUCUUUGUCUGGCAAUUCGAUGGACAUGUCUGGGUUUGGCUGUUGCCAGGAGAAUGGUACUUGCCUGACUGCAUUGUGCCAAGUGUAAAGUUUGGUGGAGGAGGGAUUAUG